ACUUCUUAGACCAAUAACACACUCACUCUGGCUCCUGCUGUUUCCAAACCCUCAGCGCUGUCACACAGCUCAGUCUGAGGAGGAAUCUCAGGAUUAUGUAUCCACAUGUUGCUCCAGUCGUACCUCUUCUUUUUUCUAUAAGUUGUUUUUAAGUUGGACAUCAGAAGUGUGUGUGGAGUUAUGGUGCGGAUGGACUAACGUGAAGAAGAGAACUUUCUGCACAGAGAGAAGAGUUCUUCCUGCAACCAGGCUGUUCCUUGCAGUGAUCUGAUGAUAAUGAUCUACAAUGUGUGAGAUCCAGCAGAACAUCAUGGACAAAGAACCUCCUGCCUUAUUCUGAGACGACCAUCAAUGGUUUUGGAAUUAAUUGACUUCAUAAUACUUCAUCAUCUUUUACAAAGUCUACUUCUUCCUUUUGGAUACUUGAGCCUCUUCCUGAGAACAUAUGUUGGGUUUGUGUGCAACAUGAAGAAUGCACAUUAAAAAAGGAUAGUAUAAGAAGGGGGUGGUCAUUUUGCUUUCCAUCCUGUAUCCCUAAUACAUUGUUGCAACAGUGUGUGUGUGUGUGUGUGUGUGUGUGUGUGUGUGUGUGUGUGUGUGUGUGUGUGUGUGUGUGUGUGUGUGUGUGUGUGUGUGUGUGUGUGUGUGUGUGUGUGUGUGUGUGUGUGUGUGUGUGUGUGUGUGUGUGUGUGUGUGUGUGUGUGUGUGUGUGUGUGUAUGGACUCGAUCCACUGCCUUUGAUAUAUGUAAACAGAACAAUAUGAAGGAAAGGAAAGCAGACACAGAUAAAACAAGUUGCCAAAAGGACAAUAACUCGAGACAAGACAAAAGGAGAAUAAAAAGAAGGAUGAUGACUCCAGUGCAGACUCAGAGUGUAUCAGCCCUGGACUCAGACUGGGACAGAGACUCAGAGUGUGAGGCGGGGGGGCCGGCCCAGUGGCAGCAGUGGGACUGGGCCUCAGAGCGGGUCCCUGCUGUAUUGAGUCCAACCUACAAGCAGCGCAAUGAGGACUUCAGGAAGCUCUUCAAGCAGCUGCCGGACACUGAACGCCUCAUCGUGGACUACUCAUGUGCCCUGCAGCGAGACAUCCUCCUGCAGGGACGCCUCUACCUCUCAGAGAACUGGAUUUGUUUCUACAGCAACAUCUUCCGAUGGGAAACUCUGCUGAUGGUGCGACUGAAGGACAUCUGCUCCAUGACCAAGGAGAAGACGGCCCGCCUCAUCCCCAACGCCAUCCAGCUCUGCACCGACAACGACAAGCACUUUUUCAGCUCUUUCGGGGCGAGGGACCGGACGUACAUGAUGAUGUUCAGACUGUGGCAGAACGCUCUCCUGGAGAAGCCUUUAUGUCCCAAAGAGCUGUGGCACUUUGUCCAUCAGUGCUAUGGUAAUGAACUGGGUCUGACCAGUGAUGAUGAGGACUAUGUCCCUCCUGAUGAAGACUUCAACACCAUGGGGUACUGUGAGGAGCUUCCUGUGGAGGAGAACAUCGAGCAGAGCCACGACACCAGCAACAACCUCAGCAAGAACCCAGAGGCCAAGCCCGAUGUGAGCCCCCUCGUGCCUCACAGACCCUUCCCCGAAAUCAGCCCCCCGGAGCUGCCCAGCACGGAGCCCCCAGAACCUCAGUGUGACCCGGCCCCUGUGGAGGACGUAUCCAGCCCCUUACCUGACGCAGACUUCCUGACCCUUCCCCUGCCCGAGAACCUCGACAACACCGCCCCUUUGCAGCCGCUGGACCUCAACGAGAACGAGGACCUGCCCACCGAAUUAAGCGACUCAUCCGACACGCAUGAUGAAGGUGAGGUCCAGGCUUUCCACGAGGACCUGGGUGGCCGGCAGUUCAUCAACGAAGUGUACAAGUUUGGUGUGGACAAGAUGUAUGACUUACUCUUCACUGAGUCUGACUUCAUGAGGGACUUUCGGGAGCAGAGGAGAUUCUCAGAUGUGGUGUAUCACACGUGGAGGACAGAGGAGGACGGUAACCAGUCAAAAGAGAUCAUGUAUACCAUCGCCCUGAACAAUCCCCUGGCUCCAAAGACAGCCACGGUCACUGAGACACAGACUCUGUACAAGGCCAGCCAGGAGAGCGAGUGCUACAUCAUCGAUGCAGAGGUGAUCGCCCACGAUGUUCCCUACCACGACUACUUCUACACCCUCAACCGCUACAUGCUCACCAGAGUAGCCAAGAACAGGUGUCGUCUUAGGGUGUCAACAGAGCUUCGGUACAGGAAGCACCCAUGGGGGCUUGUCAAGGGCUUCAUUGAGAGGAACUUCUGGAGUGGCCUGAAUGAGUACUUCAGACACUUAGAGUUGGCGCUGAGUAAGCUGGAUGUGAUGUUGAUGGAACCUCACAGACAGUCACCUAAAACCAAGGCUCUGAGGAUGUGUACCAGCCGCCGGAGGAAACGGAUACUAGUCCAUCACCUCAGAGCUCCGGGGAACAUGGACAAGGCUUUGAGCCCCGUCAGCACUCCUGAGAACGAGGAGGACGAAGACAUCCACCUCACCAAACACGUGGCAGGCCAGCCCUUCAGAGGCCACCAGCUAAUCUGUGGUUCCACACAGACCAGACACAUACCUGACUCUCCAGGUGGUUUUGCACUCUACAACUUCUCCAAACUCCUGCUUCUCAUCGGCCUUGUGAUCUCUAUAAGCCUGGUACUGCUGGUGGUUCUCAAUGUCAUGCUGUUCUACAAGCUGUGGAUGCUGGAGUACACCACUCAGAGACUCGCUGCAUCGCAGGGACUGAGACCUGAUGAAAGCGGAGCUCCGGACACCCAGCUGGAAUGGGUGCAGCUCACGGACUCCCAGCAGCGCGACGAUGAAGAGGAUCUCCAGAAGUGGAAGGAGAUAAUCAGAUCCUCAGUGGUGCAGCUCGAUAAGAUAAAAGACUCCCUUCUUCUUCUCCAUAAAAGCAUUGGCCUCAAGGACCACCCGCCACACCCUGAGUCUGAAAAAAGGAGAACCCAGAAUAACUGAUCGAUAACGUCAAGGCAUGCGGACAUGAUGUGCAAUAUUCAUCCUACCUUUCUGAGCCCAUGGAGGGAAGGUGGCCUUCAAAAGGCCCUGCUGGGUGUUCAGUCCGAGCUGCACCCCCCACUCAAGUGACCUCAUCAGACCUGCGGGAGAUGGGAUUACACACUGCUCUGUCUCCAGAAGAGAGACAACAUCUUUGGCAGGAUUUGUCUGCAGCUUUCCUUCCAUCUCGAUCAUCCACAUUCCUUCUCUCCACGCGAUGCUGCAUCAAAACGUUUUGUUUUUUGUUCACAUCCAGACACAGAUCAGACUGACCCAAAGCAUGCAACUUCUUCUCACUUCCGGUGCUUUGCCAAUUGAGAAUCCAUAUUGGAAUUAUAUAUGCAUUCGCUUUCAGAGGUGCACAAACACAUAGACAUUUUCCUACCCUUCAAGGAUCUCAAACAGCUGCUGUGUCUCUUUGUUGUAUACCUUGAGAAACAUGAAGAGAGACUUUAACUAAUCCACAGCCUGCAGUAUCAAAGCUACACUGGAAACCUGAUCCUUGAAUGAAGUGUAUUAUAUCAACAGAUUUCACAUAACUGUAUUAGGUUAGUUGAAAGCACUAAUAUUAAGUUUAAAUAACUAAUAUUAGGUUCAACUUAAUAUUAAUAUCUUUCAUCUAACCUAAUAAAGUUAUGUGUGAUCUGUUGACAUAAUAUAUUUAAUUCAAUUCAACGUUUCAGUUCUUCAGUGUACACGGAAUCAAAAUGUAACCUCAUACAUUUGUGUGUGCGUGUGCGUGUGUGUGUGUGCGUGUGCGUGUGCGUGUGCGUGUGUGUGUGUGUGUGUGCGUGUGUGUGUGCGUGUGCGUGUGCGUGUGUGUGUGUGUGUGUGUGUGUGUGUGUGUGUGUGUGAGAUUUGUUUGUAGUCAGGGAUAUUUUUACUGGGCAUGCUGGGCAGAUCGGGGCUGGUUCCCUGAGAGCUCAUGCCAUACUUUGUGAUUUUAUUUUAUUUCGUAUGUUUAUGUGACUUUUAUGGCAUGCAGUAUUCUGAGCUGUCGCUGGAGCAUCGCUCUGCUAGCUGAGUGACGUGGUAAUGCAGAGGGUUGCAAGCAGAGAGAAUUCAUGGAAAGAAAGCAGGGACUCUGAGGUCAGCGUGGCACAGCUCCUACUUUCCUAAUGCGUUGCCAAGGAAACAAAGAAAUGUUUUGUUCACAGCCAACCAUUAAUGUCAUUCCAGUGUUUUAAUGAUUUACUCCAACACAUCUCACUGCUUCAUCACUGCCAAGGCUCACACGUCAACAUGUUAUCCUAUUAAGGAUAGUCACCGUUGUAUAAGCCAUGUCUGGGUGUUGCAUCAAUUCAUAUGUGAUUGUAAGGCAAGGCAAGUUGAUUUAUAUAGCACCUUUCAACACAAGGCAAUUCAAAGUGUCAUGUAUUUGUUCUGUGGGUCUUAGUCAUGAAGCAGACUGAAUGUGAGAUGCAGUGAAAUGAAAUAUGUGCCAUCCUUCUGCACUGUUCUUUAUUUGCUUCACUUGUCAUUUAUGCUUGGUGUUUUGAUUGACAAACAUUUCUCAGUGGCAGAGAUGAUCUAUAACAGAAAUGAUCUCAAUGAAUCCAGCAGCAGGCCCAAAUGUAGUUGUUCAGUUUGAAUUAAGAAAUGCCCAUAGUGGCCUGCAAUGAAAACACAUUAAAUGAAUGAAUACAUUUCAUUUCACUUACAUAUAAGCUAUAUCCUCUCUCCUUGACUUUGGUUUUGUUUAGGAACAUUUGGCUCUAAUUGUUGAUAUUGACCUCCCAGUGGUUUCUGCUUCUGAGGAAUGUUAGUCUCACUCAACAGGACGCUGUUUAUCCUGUCAGUGUUCAUAUUAUUUUGAGAAAAUGUGUUCAUGUCCCAGUUGGAAGACUCGUUUCAGAAAUGUAAUUAGUCACUGCAGUUAUAACAAUUUGUCUGAUGAUAUAUUCAUGAAUUUAUUGAUUAAUCACACCCUUCUGGGAACAGUGUAAUAUGUGUGAUGUCUUGCAAGACUUCCAUGCCUUUAUUUUUAUAAUACUGGUCCAACCUGUGAAAGUGUUUUAUGACUCAAGGAUGAGCGCCAAACUCUUCAAUGUAUGACAAAUCUAAUGGUAAGCAACAUUUACUUUUGGUUUAAAAUGUCAAAUUUGAAGGUUGAUAUACAAGGAAAGCUCUUUCAGAUGUUUGCUUUGUGCAUUAUUGAGUGAUCGAUGGAGAGAAAAUAGUGAACGUAUUAUUUAAAUGUCUUUUUAUAUCAUUGGGGUUUGGUGAAAGGAAAAAAGGGAAAUAGGUGCACCUCAAAACUUCUUUAAUAUUCUACCAUUCUAUGUACUAACACAAUAAUCUUCGCAGCAGCCUUGACAUUAAUAACUAUAGGGACGUUUUUGCUGGAUAAAGAUUCUUCAAGCCCUUCCACAAAAUAUACUGUAGUACAAAUAUAUCUGUACAUCUACAGUAUGUGGUUUGUUUCUACUAGAUAAAGCAAAACAUAAAUCAGGACCAUCAGGUGCAUAAAAGAUGAUCGUUCUUAACAGAUCGAACAGGUGAACUACAAAUAGAGUACAGUUACGGUAUGAAUUCGUUUUGGGCAAAUAUUCAGAUACAAGUGCAAACUUUUAUUUUCAUUUUUGAAUCUUAUGAACCACACAUAAAUGAUGAAUUCCCUAUUUUCUCUCCAUAUCGUUUGACACUGCAAAUGUAAGACUGUUAAAUUAGGAGGUGCAAUUUCAUAACCUUAUUUACUCCAAAGCCAUGUUUAAAACAGUUUAAAUGCAUAUGUUGAGAUGAUGUCAUUUCACUUGUUAAUGGGAUAUCUUGUAAAAUACCACAGAAGUCACGUGGCUCCUCUACUGUAUAUACAAUGCAUGGCUAUUCUAUUAAUGCUAGCGAUUAAGAUCAUGUUGAACUCCAUGCAUCGACACUAGAGGUUUCAGUUUAGCGCAAGUAAACACUGGAGAUGAGCCUGAAGAGUAGACACCCUGAGGUUUAAUCACCAAGCGUCAGUCACAGUGAGGCCCAUAUGUGAUAUGUGACAAGUCUGUUUGUGCAAUCAAAAACAUCAAUGAAAAUGAACCAGCUGACAUAAAAAAAAUGUGACCUUUAUUUAUCCAGGUGUAUCCCAUUGAGAUCAUUGAUCUCUUUUUCAAGGGAGACCUGCUUAUAAACGAAGAUGGUUUGAUUGGGUAUAUUUCUUAAAGGAGCAGUGUAGCAUUAGGGGGAUCUCUUGGCAGCCAUAUAUCAUAGCAUUCAUGAUCAUGUUUUUUUAAGAGUUUAAUCAUGUGUUUUCUAUGCUCUGUAAUGUUUCUGUCUGAGGUAUGGGGAUCUAGGUUGCACUCUGCAAACUGACCACUAGAUGUCACUAAAACCUACACACUGAACCUUUAGAGUCGAGUUUCCAUGACAUCACAGAAUGCACCCUCAACUUUCAGCACUCCACACACACACGCACACAGCUGCAGUAUCUCUUCAUCCUGCCUUCAGUCAUCUCACUUGGUUGUAAAGCGUUGUGUUCUCCUGUGUGUGCUUACAAUAUCUGACCUGUCGUCUGAAACCUAUUUUGAUCUGCAUAUAUGAACAAAAAGUAUUUAUACAGAUAUAAUAAUGUAAUGCAUAUUGUUGUGUAGAGUUAUAGUACAUAUUAUAAGGGCUCAAACUACGCUGGCAGUGGUUUGAGGAUAAAAAAAAAGUUAUUUUAAGGAAAAAAAAGUGAUUCAAGACAGAGGAAUGAAUAAAAGUGCAAAACAA